AGCCUAUGGCUAAUGUUCUUUUGUCAUUCCAGAUCUCCCUUGCAGAGGAGCCAAUGAGGAGUAAGCAUGCUGAUUGUUCCUCUAGACUGAGUCUGAACAAACCUAUGUUGUUUGUGCAGCAUAUUGCAAUGUGCCUAACCCCUCCUUUACUACAUUGCACUGGCUGGAGUACCUGCUGGUCUCCAAACGUCAUGAGGCUUCAGUUAUAAGUGCAGACAAUAGAUCAUUUCACUGCUCAUUUUUAUACAGGAGUAUAACGUCUUCAGAGAGCGAGAGAGUGAGAGGCACACGGUCUGAAAGAUGUUCUAUUCAGGUAUCCUUACCGAGCCUAGUCGGAAGGAAGUGGAGAUGAGGGAAGCUGCAUCUCUCCGACAACAGAGGAGAAUGAAGCAGGCAGUGCAGUUUAUUCACAAGGAUUCAGCUGAUCUGCUACCUCUGGAUGGACUGAAGAAACUGGGGACUUCCAAAGACACUCAACCACAUAACAUUCUGCAAAGACGCUUAAUGGAGACAAAUUUGUCAAAAUUACGAAACAACCGAAGUACAUGGACUCCAAAGAAUGACAUCUCAGCACAGACCAAUAAGCUGAAUCAAACCAAGCCAGACAACCCAAAGAAAAAGGAGGAAGAAGACUUAAUAUUAGUGUGCUGUCAGUGUGCUGGAAAGGACAUGAAAGCUGUGAUUGACACCAGUUGUCAGUAUAAUCUCUUAUCGUCCGCAUGUUUGGAUAGACUGGGGUUAAAGGAGCAUAUCAAAACAUGCAAGACUGAAGGUGAGAAGAUUUCAUUACCACGCAAUAUGAAAGUGGUUGGCCAGAUAGAACAUUUAGCUGUUACAGUGGGAACUAUCCAUGUGGACUGUUCUGCAGUUGUCACAGAAGAAAAUGAGAAAAACUUCUCCCUUGGGCUCCAGACCUUGAAAUCUCUGAAGUGUGUCAUAAAUAUGGAAAAGCAUCACCUUGUACUGGGGAAGACAGAAAGAGAAGAAAUCCCAUUUGUGGAUAAUAACAUCUCCACAAAUGGAGAGAACUCUUCUGAGGAAUAAAGACUGAAACACUCACAAAUGAGAAACCCUGACAUCAAAGAAAAGCUGUGCAGCCGUUUCAGAGGAAAUAGCAACACGUAUCAUUGAUAACACCUAUGCUAGGCUACAGCUGUAAAGUGAAAUUAAAUCAUAUUCAGUAGCCAGUAACUUAGCAAUGUUGUCUUGUUUUUGAGAUAGAAACAUAUGCUUAUUUUCUAGACUCUAAUAUAGUGCACCACUGAUUAUGAAUGGUUUGACAAACCUGAUGAGUUUACUCUAACGAUGAGAAAAGUACUUUUUAUAGCAGCCUCAAAUGAAAUAAUUGUGUUUAUCUGUGAUUAGAAGAUACCAGAAUUAGAUUUUUACUAAUGAUUUUUUCAAUAGCUACUAUUUAUAUACACUAAAUUGACACCACUAGGUUCAAAUAGCCAUAAAAGGAAGGCACUCAUAUUAAAAUAUCAACAUAAAUAUCACAUAUUGGUAAAAAAAAAAUCAUCCUAAUAGCCAUAACAUUGUUGCCAUGUUAUUAAGAAUGUGACUGUGUAGUCUAUGAAAAGAACAAUCAUAUGAUUAUUCACUGAUCAAAUUUGUCUUCAGGACUUCUAUUCACCAGAAUUAUUCAGAGUUCAAUAACAGCAAUUCUGGAAAAUUCUCCAUCCUGCUAGAUUUGCAUGUUGAGCCAUAAAGAAAGAAACAAGCACAAAGUUUUACUGUUGAAAAAGCAGCUGUGCUGCUGAUAGACAAUUUGGCCUACUAGAU